AUGCCUAGGUAUGCAAAGUUCUUAAAGGAGAUUCUUAGCAACAAAAGGAAGUUUGAGGACUUGGCGUGCGUGACAUUAAAUGAGGAAUGUACGGUAAUUUUCCAGAACAAGUUACCAAAAAAGCGACAUGAUUCAAGGAAUUUUACUAUUCCUUGUGUUAUAGGUAACUUAUCUAUUGAUGAUGCUUUAGCUGAUUUAGGGGCUAGUAAUAAUGCAAUGUCAUACAGCCUGUUUGCAAAGUUAGGGCUGGGAGAGACUAAACCCACUAGGAUGAGUAUACAGUUAGCUGAUAGGUCUAUUAAGUAUCCUAGGGGUAUUGUAGAGAAUGUGCUUGUAAAAGUAAAUAAAUUUUUAUUUCCUGUUGAUUUUGUGAUCUUAGACAUGGACGGUGAUGUUGAAGACCCUCUACAAGUUACUUUGCCAAGGGGAAAUGAGCAUGAGCUGUCAAAUGAGGAAGUUUUAGAGCAGUUUGAGUUUCUGUUAGCAAACGAGCCAAGCAAUAAUACUGAUGAGUUUGUUGUGAUUGAAAGUAUAGGCGUGCAAAAGUUGAGGCCAUCACUUGAGGAACCACCAGUUCUCGAUUUGAAAGAGCUUCCACAUCAUCUCGACUAUGCACAUAUAGAUGAGGAUAAUAGGUUGCCUGUCACUCUAGCAUCAAACUUGACACCCGAGGAUGAUGGUGGAUUGGACACUGAGAUUGAGGAAGAGGAAGAUAUGCUACCACUUGAGGAUUCAAGUGAUAUUGAGAUGCUAGUAAGUGAAGAGAUAUUAGUGGCACGAAGAGCCUUGAGCGCACAUGCCAAAGUAGAUGAGGCACAACGUGAUAAUAUUUUCAUACUAGAUGCCAUGUAA